GUCGUGCCCCGCGCGCAGCCGCCAUGUUCCUGCAGUUCUACGAGAACGAGCGCGGCGAGCGCGUCUACACCCUGAAGAAAUCGGCCCCGGACGGGCGCGCCACGGCCUCGGCGCACCCGGCGCGUUUCUCGCCGGACGACAAAUACUCGCGGCACCGCCUGGCGCUGAAGCGGCGCUUCCGGGUGCUGCCCACGCAGCAGCCGCGACCCGUGCUGUGAAACCGGAAGCGCCGUUAAAGCCCCGCGCCCACCCGGAACCAUGGCGACGCGGAACCCUCGAGCGGCGCCGCGUGUCGCCCGUCCGGACGCGCCGCGCGGGGUGCACCGAGGCGGAAGCACGCCGGAUGUUG